AUGUGCUUUUCUUACUAUGACUAGGAAGAACGGACGAGGAGGGCUACGCUUCCAAACUCCCAUUCGAUUGGAGAUCCCGAGAGAGAACUGAGGAUAUUGCAGCCACAACGUAACAAAGAAGAUCCCUCUGCACCCGAUGCACCAAGAACAGUAGUCCUACAGUAUUCCACAUAAAUAUCUCUUCUCCAGCCUAUUCAGCCUGUCACUUUAAUCUAACCCAUUCUAGUUGUCAAGCAUCAUCCAUAUCCCAUCAUGCCGAUAGUAGUGGUGCACUCCAACCCCCUGUUCUGGGUGCGUUUGUGUGCUCUGGUGUUCUCCUGUGUGGCCUUUGCUGUGACCGUCCAUGGGGCCAACCUCUCCCAUGGCACAGGGGACUGGUGUGUGUUCUGCUGGGCCUUCAGCUUCGCUGGGACCCUGCUGGUGCUGCUGGUGGAGCUGUUUGGCCUGCAGACCCGUGCCCCUGUCUCCUGGAAGAACUUCCCCAUCACCUUCGCCUGCUACGCCUCCCUGCUCUGCCUCUCUGCCUCCAUCAUCUUCCCCCUCUACUUCCUCAAGGGCCAGACCUACCGCAGCGAGACUCAAAACUACCGCAUUGUGGCCACCGUCUUCUCCUGCCUGGCAACCAUCGCUUACAUUUGUGAGGUGAGCAUCAGCAAAGCCAGGCCAGGAGAGGUAGCAGGUUACAUGGCCACCGCCCCGGGUCUGCUGAAGGUGUGUGAGACUUUUGUAGCCUGCGUCAUCUUCGUCUUCAUCAGCGACCCAGUGUCCUACGACUCACACAAUGCACUGAGGUGGUGCCUGGCCGUCUUCUGCAUCUGUUUCAUCCUGUCGGCGGCCAUUAUAGUGCUGUGCAUCUGUGAGUGCACCGGCUGCCUGCCCUUCCCCUUUGCCCGUUUCCUGUCUGCCUACGCCGUUCUGGCUGUCGCCAUGUACCUCUCCGCCACCAUCAUCUGGCCCAUUUUUAAGUUUGACAAGAAGCACGGGGGAUCCUCCAGGCCCUAUGGCUGUGGCAGAUAUGCAGGGCUGUGCGACUGGGACAGGCAGAUGGCUGUGGCUGUGCUCACCGCAGUCAACCUUGUGCUCUACCUGGCAGACCUGAUCUACUCUGCCCGACUGGUGUUUGUUACUGUGUAAGAGGAAGGAAGAGGGAGGUAGUUGAUUUGAUUACAAUGUAGAGAGAGGUUGAGGAGUAGAAAUGAAGAGGUAACGAAAUAAACUGCUUACUGUAUUUUGCGUCAUUUAUAUAUCAAUGUUCAGACAGAGGUCACCUACUCACCCAGAGAGCGACUAUACAUUGAGGGGAUUGCUGUGGUAUUUCAUGCAAAGGAAAACAUCCUUAUACAAUGAUGGUGUUAUGGACCCAAGAACUCAGAUUAGAUGGACCAGAUCUUUUUUUUUUUUAGUUUUAUCUCCGAUUAUCUGACACACAAACACACACAGUGUUCCAUAGACAGGAUGGAUUUAUUGAGUAUGUUGAUGUUACUAUAGUUCAAUCUUAACUUUGAAUGGUCUUUUUAUAAGCAUGGCAUUUUAGAAAUGAUGCAAUACUGUUAGUAGAUGUAAUAUUUAGUUUCCAGAACAACUCACACCUACCUAGUUUGGAGCUAAGAAGUAACAACAACAAAAAUGUCAAUCAAACCCUUAAGUCAUUCCUAGAAAAUGUGUACACUUCUCCAAAGUUUGAAAAAAAUGAAAGUUUAGGAAUUCAUGUUAAGUUGUGUGUUAGCCUGCUUUUUGGUGAUUUUAUAUUCCUGUUUUCGCAUUUAAAAAUAUAUAUUU